AUGGCGGCCAGCACCACAACCCCAACCGCCACGACAAGGCCGUUUUUCUCCAUGAACCCGACGACAACAGAGCACGACUUUCGCUUCCCGCGCAGGCCUGGUGACUCCGUGGCCGGCACCGGACUUGGAGGCGCCGCCAUGUCAUCGUCCUCUGCCAACAACCAGCACCACCCCAUGAGCGCAUUCAACCACCACAAUGCUGCCAAUGCCCGUGGCCGUGAUAGCUUCGGCCGCCCCAACAACAAUAUCAACGGCUUUCACCAGAGACAGAGCAGUAGUAACAACAGCAUGAACUACAGCAGUAGAAACACCCAUCCCACCAGUGACUACCACAACCAGUCGGCGUCCAGCGGCGGCCCAGCCUAUGAUCUGCUCCGCUCAUCCGCUUUCCCGCCUUUUCAGGACGGCCUGGCUGGCAUGACCCAGAGCCCAGACGAGAUGCAGAAACAGGACCCGCUGGCUACCCAGGUCUGGAAGUACUUUGCUAAGACCAAGCUGGCCCUGCCCAACCAGGAGCGCAUGGAGAACUUGACUUGGCGAAUGAUGGCCAAGCCGCUGCAGGCCCAUCGUAGGCUAAUGGAGACAGACCGGGCACACCGUUUUUCGGAAACAGCCCCUCGAAGCGGCAUCGCGCACUUGCGCAAGUCCUCGGAGCAGACCCAAUCCCAGGGGUCUGACCUCAUGAACCUGGACGAUUUCAUCAACGGCGAAAACAUGGGCACGCCAGCUGGCAUGUCUAUUGCGCCUUCUCCCGAAACAUCCUCCAAAAUGGCCGACGAUAGAGCUGCUCACCACUCCUCAGCUAUCCCUAUCAAGGCUCGCAAAGAGCAGCAACCUCAGCACAUGAUCCCUCAGUCCGUCCCCGCGGCCCUGCAUCACCCAAGGAUGCAGACCGAAUUUGGCUAUCUUCCUCGACACCUUCGCAAAACCAGCAUCGACGAGACGAGCAAACGCAACCCGAACCGCAAGCGCCCUGCCGAUUUCUCUCCUCACGUCUCCGCCGUGACUCCCAGCUAUGCAACUAACGGCCUCGACGCCGAUACUGAUCUCCAUGACUACUCGCUCGAUCAUACGAGCCAUGGCGGCAUGCGGCAGCAAACCGCUCAUUCUUCGGUUCCCUACGCUCUCGAUACCGCCAACCUCGAUGCCGAUACUUUCAUCACCUCUGCCGGUCCCUUCCAGCAGAACUUCUCCUUCUCGCCGUCCACGUCACCAAUGGUCAGCCACGAUCCAUUUACGGCCAUGUUUGGCCCCAACAACUCUUCCAUGCACACUGGCCCUAUCCAUGGCAACAACUUCUACUCGCCGCCAGCUUCCGCUUUCCAGUCGACUGCCUCUACGCCUCAUCCCAUGAACGAGGGUGGUGAUAACUUCUACUUCAGUGUCGACAUGCGCCAGGCUCGCCAGCAGCCUUACCGGGCAGGAAAUCAUGGCAUGGGCAACACUAUGGCCCACCAGUUCCCCUAUGGCGGUAACGGAAACAUGAUGUUCCCGGCAUCUUCGGCUGGCCCAGAUCCAACACCCUCCUUUACAGCCCCGAACUCGUUUAGUGGUCACAUCGACCCCACCCAAGUGUUCCAUAAUGAACAGCCGGUCCGAUCACCAGGCAUCAAUCUUUUGCAGGACAGUCUGUUUACGUUUGGAGCGGAAUCGGAUGGAGACGAGGAGGAUGGUGGCGCAUUUGCCGAUCGCAACCUAUCGAUUUCUCAUGACUUUUCUUCCCAGAGCAUGGAGGAACCGGCAUUCAAUUCGUCGUCUAUGGGGUGGGACCCGUCUCUGCCUGGAAACUUCAGCACGCAGGCGGCGAGGUAUCCUGGCGGCCCUCCGCGAAAACAGGUUACGAUUGGCGCUACAACAACCGACUAUGUUGAUAACACUGGGGAAUGGGAUGGAAACGGUCUUCCCAGGUCUCAGUCGCAGUCAUUCCGUCAGAACGACCCGCGUAAAGGGAAGAUGCAUAGGACGGCAUCGACCCCGGGUCUUUUUGCCAAAAAUAACCCCUUCGAGAGGCUUGCGCAGUCUACCUCCAACUCGCCCCCCGCCGAUGCUGGUCGUUCGUCUGGUCUUUCCUCGGUACCGGCAAGCCGGCCUUCAUCCCCUCCUCCCGGAGCAAAACAGGGCUCGACAACGAACUUGCAGGGCGCAGCUGGAAAUUCGGCAGAAACCCCAACGACUUGCACCAACUGCUUUACCCAGACGACGCCAUUGUGGCGCCGUAACCCGGAUGGACAGCCCCUUUGCAAUGCUUGUGGCUUGUUUUUGAAGCUCCAUGGUGUCGUGCGACCACUCAGUUUGAAGACUGAUGUCAUCAAGAAGCGAAAUCGCGGUUCGGGAGCGAGCUUGCCUGUGGGCGGUACAAGCACGCGGUCUAAGAAGAACGCAAGCAUGAGUGCAGCGGCUCGGAAGAACUCGACUUUGUCCAUUACCUCCAACGCCAACAACCAACCAGCCGCCCAGGUGGCGACGUCGCCGGCUCAGCAGCAGAACCGUGCCAGCAGCGUCAACGAGAGCCCAAGCCCCGCGAGUGGCCCUGCUUCGGGUGGCAACACUGCGGGUAGUACCCCCUCGAGUUACCACGGGAGCGCGGGCUCUUCGAGUGGUGUAGUUAGUGGAAAGAACGUGAUUCCCAUCGCGUCUGCGCCGCCUAAGACUGCGCCGGGACCUGGGGCUGGUUCUACGUCUCGUCGCGAUACCAUUAGCUCGAAACGCCAGAGGCGUCAUAGCAAGAGCGCCGGAAGCGAUCAGCCUGUCAGUGCCGGAGCUGUUAGCAGCAGCGGAAUGGACGUCGAUAGUCCCGCCAACUCGACGGCAUCUAAUGAAACAAUGCCUACCUUCAACCCGGGGGGUGCCUUUUCUGGGCUUCCUCCGACGACUCAGAGCAGCCUCGGUUUCGGUAAUGGAUACAUCAACACCCCUCGUCCUAUGGUUGGACCUGGCGGUAUGAUGGGAAUGCCGAAUGGCCAGGCUGGUCAGAUGAUGGGUGCGAGCAGCAGCAGUGGGCCUGGAAGUGGCCCUUCUCGUACUGGAGCCGAGUGGGAAUGGCUCACGAUGAGUCUCUAA